UCGAUCGAUAUAUAUUUUCCUGGUUUUGGCCAAUUAUUCACCGUAUUACAUAGCUUCUUUGUAGCUGAAAUGCAGAAGUUUGAACACUGAUACUGUCUGUCUUAUAUAUGACAGCGGUCCAGAACUGAACUUGGUCCUAUUGAAGUACAUACAGAGAUGAACUCCUCAUCAGCCAAUCAUCAAUGGCUGGAAGAACUGGAAAACGAGGAUCUCGGGGAGCUCGACUUCAUUGACCCGCUGAGCAUGCAGCAGCUCGCCGAAUCCCUCGCCGACGAGCUCUGGGACCAGCCUACUCAAGAACAGCAAGUACAGUUGGAUCUACGGCGGCAACCUAUGUGCCCGACAGGCUUCUCCUUUCUCGGGGACGUCAGCAAAUACUACGCCGGCGCCGAGGGAUUCCCAACGACGAUGACGGCCAUCAGCGCGGGCGGCGGCGACAGCAUGUUCUCCUUCACCGACGGCAAGUCGAAGCAGCUGAGCUUCUCUUCGCCAGAGCCCAAGCAGGAAGGCGACGCCACUGCAACUUCCGGGAGAUUCGGCGCACCGCCGCCGCCGACGACGAUGGAAACGAAAGGCAGGCGGAGAGCGAGCUCCAGAGUGCAUGAGCACGUUCUUGGAGAGAGGCGGCGGCGGGAGAAGAUGCACCUCCAGUUCGCGACCCUCGCAUCCAUCAUCCCUGACGCCACCAAGAGAGACAAGGUGUCCCUCCUGGGGAGCACCAUCGACUACGUGCAGCAUCUCAGGGGCAGGCUCAAGGCCCUGCAGGAUGAGCAGCUCCAGAGCACGGGAAGCACGGCGGAGUCACCGCCGCUGGACGCCCGGUGCUGCAUCGGCUCCGAGGAUGACGGCGAGGCGAGCCAGAAGAUCGAGGCCGACGUCCGGGGGACGACGGUUCUGCUGAGGGUGGUGUGCCGGGAGAAGAACGGGGUGCUGAUCAUGGUGCUCCAGGAGCUGGAGAAGCACGGCCUGUCCAUCACCGGCACCAACGUCUUCCCGCUCGCCGAUCAGUCGUUGCUGAACAUCACCGUCACCGCGCAGAUUGUUGAAGACGGAUCUUCUACUGCUGUUGAGCUUGUGAACAAUCUAAACUCUGCUCUCAGAAAUUUUUAUUAG